AUGAUAAAUGAUUUUAUUGAUCAUGUUGAAAUAAGAAAUGUCAAAUAUGAAGAACUUGAAGAAUUUUGGAAAAUACAACAAGAAUAUUUGGAUAAUUGGACAUUUACUUAUUUACAAAAUGAAUUUAAUAAAUAUUCAUCAUUAUUUAUAGCUGCUUUUAUUAAUAAUAUUAUGUGUGGUAUUGCAUAUGGAUGUGAUUAUGAUGAAAUAACGAUUACAUUGCAAGGUAUUUGUGUAUUGUACAAAUAUUGGAGACAUGGAAUUGGAAGUAAAUUAUUAAAAUUUUUUGAAACAAAAGUUAAUAAAAUAAAAAUUACAGUAGGAGUAGCAUCUGAUGAUGCUGUAGAAAAAUUUUAUCUUAAAAAUAAUUAUAAACCAAAACAAUUUCUUAUUCGAAUUAAAUAUAAUCAAUUACCAAAUGAUUAUGAACAAAAAAAAUUAAAUUUUCAUGUUAUUAAUGAAAAAUAUGAUCAAACAAAUGAAGCAAUCAUAUUAUAUAUUGAGAUGUUACAAUACAAUAAUGAAUUAAAAGAUAAUAUUAAAAAAAUCUUUCAUUCAUAUGAAACAAUUUAUAUCAUGGAAAAGAUAAUUUCAUCUAAUAUAUAA